GUAUGAAGACCACUUUCGUAGCACUAGUUGCCCUUUUGGGCCUGUGCUCGGCAACCGUUGUCCAGCACAAGCUGAUCUACCGUGAAUCUAUCAAGAUGCAAAUGAUGAGACGUGGAGAAUGGGGAGCAUACGUCCAACACAAAGCUGCUCUUCGUGACGCUGACCCAGCUGUGUAUGCCAAUGCUCCACAAAACGUCAACGACUUUGGAGAUUUCGAGUAUCUCGGAAACAUCACCAUCGGAACUCCACCACAGCCAUUCCUCGUUGUUUUGGACACCGGAUCUUCAAACCUCUGGGUUCCAGGACCAUCUUGCGAUGGAUCCUGCAAAGGAAAGAGAGAGUACCAAUCAACAAAGUCCUCGACUUUCAAGGCCAACGGAAAGCCAUGGCAGAUUCAAUACGGAUCUGGAAACGCCAAGGGAUACUUGGGAGAGGAUACCGUUGCCUUUGGAGCCGUCACCGAGAAACAACUCCCAGUUCCAUCUACCACUUUUGGAAUUGCCACACACAUUUCAUCCGACUUCAAGAAUGAUGCCGCUGAGGGAAUCCUCGGACUUGCUUUCACAUCCCUCGCUGUCGACCAUGUCGUUCCACCACUCAUCAACGCUAUCAACCAAGGACUUCUCGAUCAACCACUUUUCACCGUGUGGCUUGAGCACAAGGGAUCUGCCAACGAUGUUGGAGGAGGUGUCUUCACCUACGGAGCAGUUGAUACUACCAACUGCGGACCAGUGAUUGCCUACCAACCACUUUCAUCUGCCACAUACUAUCAAUUCGUCGCUGAUUCAUUCAAGCUUGGAUCCUAUUCAAACUCUAAGAAAUACCAAGUUAUCUCCGACACUGGAACUUCCUUCCUCGGAGGACCAAAGGCUGUUGUUGCCGGGCUCGCUAGUGCUCUUGGAGCUACUUACCACAGCAACGACGACUCCUACUAUGUUCCAUGCGCCACCAACAUCGGAACCUUGGACAUUACCAUCGGAGGAAAGGUCUACUCAAUUAACCCAGUCAACUACAUCGUUGACGUUGGAAUGGGAGACACCUGCGUCUUCGCUGCCUUCGCUUUUAACAACUUCGGAUUCGGACCAGCUUGGAUUCUCGGAGAUCCAUUCAUCCGUCAAUUCUGUAAUAUUUACGAUAUUGGAGGACAACGUAUGGGAUUCGCCAACUCCCUUCAGGCCAAUUAGUUCUUCAAAACUUUUUUCUUGCGUGUUUAGAAAGAAAUAAAGUUCAUUGAUGCCUA